GUCGAAAUUAUUUGUGCGAAAAGAGCUUCGGUGGCAACAGUGCGUUUUGUUUAUCGACUGUCGGUUAUCGUUGUUGCAGGGAAAUAGACGUGAAGCAAGGACAACCCUGCAAAUAACCAAGCAUAACCAACAAGCAAGUUUUCUCCAGGACCUCAACGCAACAUGGGAGUACCAAAGUUUUUCCGUCAUAUCAGCGAACGCUAUCCGUGUCUUAGCGAAUUGGCGCGUGAGCACAGCAUACCCGAGUUCGAUAAUCUGUUUCUGGACGUGAAUGGGAUUGUGCACAACUGUUCGCAUCCGGAUGACGGCAACAUACACUUUCAUUUGGAGGAGACACAAAUCUUUCAGGACAUUUACAACUACAUCGAUACUCUGUUCUAUCUGAUCAAGCCGCAGAAGCUGUUCUUUGUGUCCGUUGAUGGCGUUGCGCCACGUGCCAAAAUGAAUCAGCAGCGGAGUCGCCGCUUCAGAACGGCCCGCGAGGCCGAACAGAUUGAUGCGAAAGCGCUGCAGCGUGGCGAGAAGCGGAUGCACGAGAGAUUUGACAGCAAUUGCAUUACGCCCGGCACCGGGUUCAUGAGUCGAUUGCAGAAGGGUUUGCGCUGCUUUCUGCGCACCAAAGUCUCAACGGAUACGCUGUGGCAGAAGUGCUGCGUCAUUUUAAGCGGCGUGGAGACACCCGGCGAGGGCGAGCACAAGAUCAUGGACUACAUCCGCUAUCUGAAGGCACAACCCGACUUUGAUCCCAAUAUGCGCCAUUGCCUCUAUGGGCUCGAUGCCGAUCUAAUCAUCCUCGGCCUGUGCACCCACGAGCUGCACUUUGUUGUGCUGCGCGAGGAGGUGAAGUUUGGCAAGAAUGUGAAGCGAACCGCCGUCGAGGAGACGCGCUUCUUUCUGUUGCAUCUGGGCCUGUUGCGCGAAUAUCUCGAAUUGGAGUUCGCUGAGCUGUCGAAAUCGGAACGUAAACUGGAUGUGGCCCAACUGAUUGACGAUUGGGUGCUAAUGGGUUUCCUUGUCGGCAACGAUUUCAUACCGAGCCUGCCCCUGCUGCACAUCCACACCAAUGCGUUGUCGCUGCUCUACAAGACGUACAUCCGUGUCUAUCCCCAGCUGGGCGGCAACAUCAACGAGCAGGGCAGAUUGAAUCUGCAGCGUUUGGCGAUCUUCAUGAACGCCCUCAGCGAAGUCGAAAUGCAGAUUUUCGACGAGCAGAGCGACAAGCUCCAUUAUGCCAAUUCCAAAAAUGAGGCAUUCGAUGUGGAUGUGGAGGAUUUGCGCAAUCGGGACAAAGAUCUCACAGCACUCAUCGAUAACAGCAUGAAGCUGUAUGAGGACGACAGCGACGAGGAUCUGAGCGAUGAGGGGGCAGCGUUAAAUGGCGAAUUCCAGAAUUUCAAGCGCAACUAUUAUCGGAACAAGUUCAAGAACGAGAUGCACGACGGUCUGAUUGCGGAGCUGGGACAUCAUUAUGUGACGGCCCUGCAAUGGGUACUCGAUUAUUAUUAUCGUGGCGUGCAGUCGUGGGAUUGGUAUUAUCCAUAUCAUUAUGCCCCCUUUAUCAGUGAUAUAACCGAUAUUCCGUCUGUUAAAAUCAACUUUCAAAUGGGCAAACCAUUUAUGCCCUUCGAACAGCUGUUGGCUGUGCUGCCACCGGCCAGUUCGGCCCUGUUGCCGGUGGCCUAUCACGAUCUGAUGCUGAAUCCGAGCAGUACCCUGGCCGAUUUCUAUCCGAAGGAGUUUGAAACUGAUCUCAAUGGCAAGAUGCAUGAAUGGGAGGCAGUUGUCCUGAUACCGUUCAUCGAUCAGCGUCGCCUGCUGGACGCCAUGUCCGAAUGCGAUUCGCAGCUGACCACCGAGGAGCGUUUACGCAACAGGCAUGGACCGAUGUAUCAAUACGACUACAGCUCGAAAUCGCAGGGCGCCAUGACUGGUGUGCCACCGUUGAAAAAUCUGCAGAAUGUCUUCUGCACGGAGACCAGCCGCAGGAUCGAAGAUAUUGCCCUCCAUAUACCGUACACUGCUUGCGCGGAGCUGCCGAAUGCGGCACGUCAUGUCUUCUUUCCAGGAUUUCCCACAAUGAAGCAUCUAGAGUUCGAUUUCGAGAUGCGCGUCGGUCACGUCAAGGUCUUUGAUCAGCGGAGCCGUAAUCAGACCUUGAUUCUGGUGCCGAAGAAGCGAGUGUUUGAGGAGCCUAUUAUCCAGACUGUGGCUGCUCAAUAUCUGGAUCAGGUGGUCUACAUUGGAUGGCCGCAUCUGAUCAAGGCCAAGGUGGACAGCGUUUGCACACGCGAACAGAUUGUCGACAAGAACGGCGUCAGUUCCAACGAUGCGCAACACUUUGAUUCCGAAUUCAAAUCGCUACAUGACCACUUCUCUAAUCGCAUGGGCAUCAAGUUUAGCAAUUACGAUGUGCUCCUCAAGGUACGCACCUAUGUCGGCAGCUCUGUCGACUUUGGCAAUCGUGGCGAAAUCUAUACGAAAGAAACGUGGAGCUCAUCGGUAACACCAUAUCCGGCGCAGGGCAUCGUUGCCAACAUUCAGGUCAAGGACAGGAUGCGCAAGCAGUUUAAAAAAAUGGCCGAGUUAUUCCCAAUCGGCAGCACCAUCUUCCUUAUUGGUAAUCCCUAUGCCGGCAGCGAGGGCACCGUACUCGAUCCAGAUCUUGUGUACGCCUGUGGACGCAUUCAGGUUGAUUUACGUGUGUGUCCAGAGCCAGAUAUGUCGGCGGCCAUUGCGCAGCAGGCGCGUUGUGACAGGGACUACACAUUCCACUUCAAGGUGUGCCGCGAUUUGAAUAUCAGCAGCAAGUGUCUCAGUCGGCUGACCGGCACCGUUUGGGUGGUGCUCGGGCCGCGACGCGAACGAGUGGAGAAUGCAUCACGGCACAAUAUUGGACUGCAGCUGAAGUAUCCGCGGCUGAAUGAGGAGCGAGCCGGCUUCUGUCGCCAGAUGAACAAUCAGUGGAACUUUUCGAGCGCCGCUGUCGAUAUAAUGCGCACCUAUUGCGAUCUAUAUCCGGAGGUUAUCGAUUAUUUGACCAGAAGCAACGAUUGGGCCGAGUUCGGUUACGAGGAAGACAUCUAUCCGGAUGCCGUUGGCCAGCAUCGCAUCGAGGAUGUGGCCAAUUGGGUGCGCCAGCAACCGCAUAUGCAAGUUGAUCGCAUCGCGUGUGGUUCCCGGACCGUCUGCAAGGAUACCAUUGAGCUGCUAAUCGCCGCCGUCGAUGAUAUGCGCCACAAGCCCAUCAGGGACAUCAAGCUGCAGGUGAAGCCCCAUCUGCUCGUCAAGCCGAAUGUGACGCUGCCCGAACGCUACCGUUCGCCGCACGAGGUGCGUCUCUUCGAUCGUGUCGCAGUUGUGCGCACCAUUUAUAUGGUGCCCAUUGGGGCGACGGGCACUGUGAUCGGUGUCUAUCCGGUCAGUGAUCUCAAUCCGGUGCGAUUCGAGUGCCUCAAUACCGUCGAUACCUUCUGCGACAUACUGUUCGACAAGGUGAUACCCAACUGUAGCCAGGGCAUACAUGGCAUUGCCGAAGGUCACGUCUACAAGAUACCAGAGACCGCCAUCAUUGUCAUCAAUAUCAAUGAGAGCAUGGAGAUAAAGGGGCAAGCUGCCGCACAUCUACAACAACAACAACAGCAGCAGCGACAUCAAAAUCAGCAUCGGCAGCAGUCGUCGCAUCAGGUGCGGGGCAAAAUGGAUGCAGUGCGUCAGGAUUGGCGUGAUCAGCAGCAGAAUAAGCCGCGCUACAUGACUGCCGCUGGCAGCAAGAACAAUCCCAUCACAAUGAAAACCGAGGUUGCCGAGGAAUUCUUUGUGCCCGGCGUACCGGCUGCUAAUGCAACAGCCACAGCGGCGGCCGCUGCCCCAUCCGACGACCAUCCAAUUGCGUCCACGUCGGCUGCGGCUGCUGCUGCAGCCUCUGCGGAGGCCAAGUAUGCCUCGAAGGCGGCGCCGCAGUCGUCGUGGCGUCUGCUGUCAACGGUGCCCUCAUUGCAACAACAGCAGCAGCAACAACAACAACAGCUGCCACGGCAACGGCGACAACAGCAGCAACAGCAGCAGCAUCAGUAUCAACAACAGCAGCCACUGCCAAUUAUGUCAUCGUCGUUUCAGAAGACGAGCAAUCAAAGCGGCUCAUCGAAAGGUGUCGCCACCAACGACACCAACACAUCCGAUAAUCAAACAAUGGCUCUUCGGUCGCUGCUGGGCUUGAACACAGUCGAGCAAGUCGCACCGAAGUCAAGGGACUCAAUGUUUGCAACACAACAGCAAGAGCAACAACCGAAGCCGCAGCAGCAGCAACAGCAACAGCAGCCAUUGCUUGCAUCACAGCCGCUUGCAUCGCAGCUGCCUAGUCAGAUGCCGAAAUUGCCGCAGCCGCCGCUGUAUUGGCAGCGCGAGGCGCAAGCUAAGCUGCAGUCGGACCUUAUGGCCAACCAGCACAUGUCCAGGCUUCCCAUGGAUAGGGAGGAUACACAGGCGCAUGCACAGAUGCACCCACAGAUGCACCCACAGAUGCAUCCACGGAUACAACCACCGAUGCAACCACCGAUACAUUCAGCGAUGCAGGCACAGUUGCAGCCACAGAUGCGGCCAGAGAUGCCAGCUUCCUCGAGCAUGUUUCAAAUCCAGACCGAGCCAUUGUCAUCUGGAUUCAUUGGCUCCGACAAUUCGCCGAUGUUUUUAGGAUAUUUCACCAGCAUCAGCAACAGUCAACAGAGCAACACAACUGAGCCAAAUGCCGCUGCCUAUAAUAAAUUGAUCAACAAUGCUGACGUCCGCAGCAACAACAACAGCAGCGGCAGCGGCAGCGUCAGUAUCAACAACAAUAACAAUAACAACAACAGCAGCACCAGCAAUAGCAACAGCAGCAUGGGAAACGUCGGUCGCCUGGUCACAUUAGAGAGUUACAACGAGAUGCCGCCCCAUCUUCGGACACACACUACAAGCAUUCAGGACUUUGUGCCCAUACAGGCUUAUCGUCCAAAGAUCUCGAGGCGUGUCUGUUUUCCCACUGAUGUCCAAAAGAACAAUCCCAAACAGGAUGUUUUUUUCAGCGACAACGCUGUUCUUGAGGACACCGCACAGCCAAGUGGCUCAGCGGCAGCAGCGGCUCAGAGCGCUGGCGAUGAGGCCAGCACUGAGCUAAUGAGAACUCUUAAAAUAACGCCCACAAAUACAGAGCCCACCACGAGCGCCGCCAGCGCCACCAGCGCUGCCCAAUCGGAGGGGAUGACUGAAAGAACCCCACAACUAACUAGAACACAGCGUGUGCCACGCAUUGGAGCCAGAUUUGAUUUGGAUUACAUCUUGCACUAAAGAACAAAAAGACGACAAAAAGAAUCAAUCAACGUUUUGCUUCCUUCACUGCUCACCAACGUUGCUAAAGAUUUUUUCCUAAAGAUGAGGCAGCUUAUAGCAUGUAAUAUUAGACAUUAGUAUUAUAUGGAGCACUAAUUGUAUAUAUAUAUAUACAUAUAUACAUAUAUACUAGUGUGAAUAUAGAAACACAUUUUCGUUUUGUAGUCGGACCUGUGAAGCAAAACCAAACUAUAAAAGUAAAGUUAGUUUCGAGAAAUGAAAACUAACUAAUAAAAAUUCAACGAUACGGAAAGAAAGACGGACAGACAACAAACGUGAUCUUUCUUAAAGAAAAA